AUGUUCAUGUUCGGUUUGGAAAGGGUCCAGUCACUGACUUUAUUUGUUCGCCCUUUUCUUUCGCACCACAGGAAGUUUGGUAAACAAAUCCAGCGUCGACAGCUUGAUCUACCGGAAUAUGCGGCCAGUUUCGUCAACUACAAGGCGCUGAAAAAGCUUAUCAAACAACUCAGCGCCACACCCACCAUCCCCGCACAGCGAACGGCCGAAGAGAUUGCCCAAGAUGGCACGCUUGAUCCGCAGGCGGCCCUUCGCGCCAACAAGGAAGUCUUCUUCUUCCGUUUGUGGCUGCUGACAGGGAUUCUCCCCCGACAGGAACGCGAAAUCGAAAAAGUCAAUGCUUUCUACCUUCAGAAAGAAUCAGAGUUCUCCCUACGGUUGAAAACCCUCGUCGACAAGAAGCGUGUCAUCCAAUCGCGAACCGUCUCCAACUCCAAAGCCUCUUCAAAUUUCGUUGCGCUGUUUGAAGGCUUCCUACAGUUUGACGGCGACUUGAACAAGUUGCAGCAAUUCGUCGAGAUCAACGAGACGGCCAUGUCCAAGAUUCUCAAGAAAUGGGACAAAACCUCAAAAUCACGCAUGAAGGAGCUCUACCUGCAUCGAGCGGUGGAGGUGCAGCCAUGCUUCAACCGGGAAGUGCUUCGAGAUCUGUCCGAUCGAGCCACAACGGCCCGCCUGGAGCUGGAGGCUUGGGCGGAAGGGGAGAAUCUACAGUUUGAUACGUCCAGGCCGGUUGAGCGAUCCAUGGGCCCCGCUGGCACCGACGAAGAGGAAUUGGAUUUGCAAGUCUUGCAAUCGGCGUCCUUGGGGAACCUGCAAACGCUUCGAGAGUGGGUGGCCAAGCUAUCCUCGCACCCCGAUGCUCGCGAACGGGCGACGAGGACCUUCUUGAACGCGAUCAAUAGCUCGGCAGACGAAGUGCUCGGCCUGCUUCUGGAAAGCGGACUGGUCGAUAUUCAGGCCGAGGAUGACAUCAAUGAGCGGAAUUGUCUCCAUGAAGCUGCGAUUUCCGGCCGGGACUACGUCUUCAAGGCCGGACUGGCCGCAGGAGUGGAUUUCUCCUUGUCUGACGUGUAUGGUCGAAUUCCCCUCCAUUACGCGUGUAUGCACGGUCGUGUGGAUAUGGUGCGGGAGCUGCUGGCGGCCGGCCCGCUGACGGUGGACGUGAUGGAUCACGAUAAUUUCACCCCGUUGAUUCACAGCAUCGUCAAGGGUCAAUUGGCCUGCGCCGAGCAAGUCUUGCAGAGUAAUGCUCGCAUCGAUCCCGCCUCAGAGUCAGACCACAUCCCGCUGAACUUGGCCUGUCAGCAUGGCUCACUCGCCAUUGUGAGAAUGUUGUUGGAACGAAAUGCUCGCCUGCUGCCCGACGCUGAGGGUCUUUACCCACAACAUAUGGUGGCUCGUGCCUCCCAGUCCCCCGAUCUGCUACUCCUGUUGAAGCAGCAUGGUGCUGAUCUCGACCAAAAAGACAAGUUGUACCAGUGGACCCCGCUGUUCCACGCCGCAAGUGAAGGCUGUGUCCCCUGUUUGCGAACGCUUCUCGAGGCCGGUGUCAACUCACAGGUGGUGGAUGAGAAGGGCUUGUCGGCCAUGUACUAUGCUGCAUGGGAGGGCCAUUUGGAGUGCAUGUUGCUGCUCUGGGCGCAGCCGUCGCAACAGAUCCCUACUCGACCUAUGGAUCUUCUGAACGGAGUCACCUUCCAAGAGGCUGGACUCAUGGAGGAUUCGGGCAUGACGCGCCGGACCAGCUCUGCUGAGAUGGACAUUGCCGAUGGCAUUCCCGACUUGGAACUACCUCCGCCCAUCAUCCCUCUUCGAAGAUACGGUCACAAUUUCCUGGACAAGAAGGUCUUUGUGCAACUCCUCUUCGAUCAGGGCAACGUGGGCUCUAUUGCCUUUGACCAGGCUGGACGUCACCCUGCCGCUCGUUUGACGAUCUCCUCCAAAAUCUCUGAUUUGAUUCCUCGCACAAUUGUCCUUCCGAUUCAGGAUGACUCCCGGACGAUAUCCUUCCAUGUGGACAACUUGGACACUUUCGCCGUGGACUUUGAAAUCUUCCCAACCUUUGGUUCCAAGGUCAUUGCCAAGAGCGUGGCGUUGCCGGUGAUAUUUGCAGCCGAGAAAUCCAGCACCGGAUCAUCUUGUCUACCUCUCUUUGACCCGCGUCUUCGUUCGAUUGGUCAACUACGAUUCAACUUCCAAGUCAUCAAGCCGUACCACGGUGAUCCUUUGGAAAUCACUCACUUUGCGACGUAUUGGAAGGCAACCAGCGCAAUUGAUUCUGAACACAGCGGCCUUGUCACUGGUUCAAGUUUGUCGGGAGAUUAUGUACAGCUCUUUGUACAACUCACUCGAGACCGCGUCCCUGUUCUCUAUCCCCAAUUCAUGAUCAAUCACCACGGAAUCGAGAUACCCGUAUGCCAAUUGUCGUACGCCCAGUUCCAGACAAUCGGUGCCGAGCGAGGCAUCAACCGUGUGGAGGUUCUCCGAUUUUUAGCCACGCAGGAAGUCCACGACAUGUCGCAAACGCAUCGCCUUCUUGCGACGUCCUUUAUGUCUCUGCGAGAGGUUCUACAACAACUCCCGAUUGACCUGAACGUCAACCUCUCGAUUCUCUAUCCCUCCAGCGUCGAGGAAAAGGCCUUGGCGAUGACUUCGUUGACUGAUGUCAACAGCUUUGCCGAUGCCAUUCUCACCGAUGUAUUCGAUCAUGCUCGUGUUGCGAGGGAGAGGAGUCCUGACUUUAUGCGAUCGGUGGUGUUCACCUCUUACAACGCGAAUAUCUGCACAGCUUUGAAUUGGAAGCAGCCCAACUAUCCUGUCUUGCUUUGUAACGAUCUUGGUCAGAUUCGGGAUCUUGCCGCGAAUGUUGACGCCAUGCCUCAUGUGAAGAGUAGUGGUCGAGCUUCCAUGUCCAUCAAGGAAUCAGCCCGUAUUGCGCAAAGUAAUAACUUUAUGGGCUUGAUUUGCCGAUCCAGUCUCUUGAAUGUUGUCCCGGCUCUGGUGGAGACCAUCAAGGAACUCGGUCUGGUUCUGGUGGCCGAUACAUCCGACGAGACGGGACAACCUGAUCGCAGUGACGCUCUUGCCUCUGCCAACGCCAUGGGUGUCGCGGAAUGGGCGUAUCGCAUGCCCGAUGGAGUGAACGGUGUUAUGAAAGCCAACGGCGUGCUACGAUUCAACGAUAUGAUCGACAUGUAA